GGCUCCGUUCGCGCCGUCUCCUACAACAUCCUGGCCGACACCUACGCCCAGACGGAGUUCUCCCGCACCGUGCUCUACCCGUACUGCGCUCCCUACGCCCUGGAGCUCGACUACCGGCAGAACCUGCUCAAGAAGGAGCUGGCGGGCUACAGCGCCGACCUCAUCUGCCUGCAGGAAGUGGAUAAGUCCGUUUUCGCGGACAGCUUGGCUCCAGCCCUCGAUGCUUUUGGACUCGAAGGGCUCUUCAAGAUUAAGGAGAAGCAGCACGAAGGCCUAGCCACGUUUUACCGCAGGGACAAGUUCAGCUGCCUUAGCCAGCACGACAUAGCCUUCAGCGAAGCCCUGCUCUCAGACCCGCUGCACAAGGAGCUGUGUGAUAAACUCGCCAAGUACCCCUUGGUGCAGGAGAAGGUGCUGCAGAGGUCAUCUGUGCUGCAGGUUUCAGUUCUUCAGUCUACUACUGAUCCUUCCAGGAAGAUUUGUGUAGCUAAUACCCACCUAUACUGGCACCCAAAAGGUGGGAACAUCCGUCUCAUUCAAAUCGCUGUAGCCUUGUCUCACAUCAGGCACAUAUCAUGUGACUUGUAUCCUAGUAUACCAAUCAUAUUCUGUGGAGAUUUUAAUAGUACGCCAUCAUCUGGAACUUACAGUUUUAUUAACAGCGGUGGCAUUGCUGAAGAUCAUGAAGACUGGGUCUCAAAUGGUGAAGAAGAAAGGUGCAAUAUGUCUCUAAGCCAUCCUUUCAAACUGCAGAGUGCUUGUGGAGAACCUGCUUAUACAAACUAUGUUGGUGGAUUUCAUGGCUGUCUGGACUACAUCUUUAUUGACAAAGAUGCUCUAGAGGUCGAACAGGUCAUUCCAUUGCCAAGUCAUGAAGAAGUCACAACCCAUCAGGCUUUGCCAAGUGUUUCACAUCCUUCUGAUCAUAUAGCACUAGUAUGUGACUUGAGGUGGAAAUAAAUCAGCUCUUGUGUGGUGCUUUUGGAGGUUUUCAAACAAGAACUUGAAUAUACUGCUGGGGAACUG